AUGGCUGCGGAGGCCGUUGGCAACAAGGCUGCCACCCCGCCCAUGCGCUUGCUCACUUUCCAGGAUCUCCCGGCUGAGAUUCAGCAGGAUAUCUUGUCGCAUUGCUCGCAGUCUGAUCUGAUCUGUUGUGCUCUUGUCUCUCAGCACUUCCGUGAGCUUGCAUCUGCCAUACUCUAUCGCAGCUUCAAUAUCCUGUUUCCUGAUGACGACGAUGUGAGAUUCGAAUCACCGAUUGAUGGCCUCGCAGGCGGCCUCGACACAUUCACUACAAGCGACUAUAACUAUGCAAAGCAUCUAAGGGAGUUGUCCAUGGACACAGUUAGCACUGGCGUCAAAGCUGAACAUGCAUAUAAACCAUAUCUUUACAGUGCCAGUUGCGGAAAAUUUCUUAACACAUUGUUAUAUUUGACGUUGAAGAAAGCGAAAUCUCUCGAGUCGUUCCGAUGGAACAUCAGGGUUGAACUUAGUAGACCUGUCUAUCGUGAGCUUCACAAGAUUUCAACGCUGACCAAGUUUCACAUUCGUCUUCAAGCUGGCGACACGUACUACAUGACGCCGCCACCUCUUCCGCUCACUCUAGAUGACAUUCCUCCAGCCUCGACUCAUUGGGCCGAUAUUCCUCCUCCACCUCCUCCUGGACCUCCCCCAGCAAUGUUCACAGCUCCCUUAGCUGGUCCUAUGUCAUCUCUGCCGCUCAUUUCGUCGCCUCCCCCUCUUCUGUCAACUUCAAAGCAGUUCUCAAAAUCAAAGGCGAACAAACGCGAUCCUACAGUUCAAGAACCUCCAACGCUUUCGGGUUUCAAAAUGCUGAAGAGUCUUUCCGUUCUUGAUAUAGACAGUCUCGACUUGGCCACGGAGCUUAAAACUUGCAUCCGAAAUUCAUCCUCUACCCUCACAGAGUUGCAUCUUUCUUUGUCGGAUUCUUUGGCUCUGCAGGCCAGGCGGCCACCACCUGAUUCCGAUCCGGACGAUUCUGAUGUUGAUGACGAGUUUCAAGUGGUACCUGUUUCUCAAAAUACCAGUUUCGACAACAGUGGCUCUGCCAAAAACUUUCGCUCUCAGGAGGAGCGCAAACUUCAAGAGGGCAUUUUGGGGAGGAUAUUCGACGUCGAACCUUUUAUUGUCAAAAAGCCUGCACUUAACCAAAGUCCUCGCGAAGCAGCGACUAGCCAAGAAGAAGGACAAGAAGCCGAGGAUAACGAAAACUCAGAGGAUCCCCGCGAAGAAUUCGUGUCAUCUCUUCGCAGCGUAUCGACGAGGUUGAUGACACAGCUCAAUGGCACACGCGAUAUCUCUACCGUCCAACAGGAUAUUCUAGACGUCAUUGAGAAAGCUGCGAGAAAGUAUGUCGAUUCAGGCGAAAGUUCCACACAGCAACCCAACGAUUCAUCAGAAAACCCUACUGUCGUGUCUAAAAAUGGGGAGCCGAGUAGUGGGGAUGAUCAGGCGAGCUCAGGACCGGCUGAUACUUUUAAGUUACCUUCAACAUUUGACAAGAAAGAAUCAAAUGACGAUUUGUCACCAGACGAUAUCGAAAUCGAUACGGUAGACGACGUGGAAAUCGAAUCGGAUGGGCAGCAGGCCAAGGAAGUCGAGGGGCAACAAGUUAAACCCAAGCAGCCCGAAAAAGCAGACGCUAGUUCUUCUGUUGCCAACCUGGACGAUCAAGACACAAAUUCGAAUACAGUCCCAGCCACAGAACUGGACAAAGUCGAUACGAACUUAGCUACGCAACGAGUGAAUUAUGAAUCACUCUUGUUGGAACUCCAGCAGCUACAGGGUGAGAAUGAUGCGUUCAUUCAACAGAUCAAGGCAAUGUCUAUUCAAGGCACUGUCGGAGAACUUCAACAAUUUAAGGACUCUGUUACUCAACUCAAACAACUGGGCCAAAGGACUGAACGUGUACGGGGCGCCAUAAAAACUACACACCUUGAAAUAAAAGAGAUUGAGGAUCAGGUCCUCGGCAAAUCUCAAAUCAAUGGUAGUGAAAAGUCCCAACGAUCAAUUGACGAGUACCUACGAGAUACCAGAGGCAUUGCACUGGAAACGUUAAGCAUUCACCUGGUUCCUGUCAAGGCAUCCGUCCUGUCCAGGGCUAUUGACCUCAAGUGCAUUAAAAAUUUAACAUUGCUCAAUGUUGGCAACCAGGCUCCGAUUUGGACACUGCUCUCUAAAGAGAACAAGGUCUCCCCGUUGGCCCUACGCAGUGUCUUUACCGACAACGUGUCGACUGCAUUCUUAAACUGCAUGUCACAACUCGAGGAAUUACAUGAUUUGUUUCUGUUGGAACGAAGCGCUAAACACAAACCUGAGAGUUUCGCACCACGGACUACAGUCACUAUUGACCAGAUUCGCCGGUCAGUACUGAAGAAGCACAUGCAUACCUUAAAGAGAUUGAUGAUCAAGGACGAGUCAAAUAGCAGCGGGUGGGAUGCGAACCAGAAGGCAAUGAUACUUAUCUGCAGCCGUGGAGUACAGCUCGAGGAGCUAGCUCUUAGUAUGAACAUCCAUGCGGUGCACGCUUUCAUGCAGUAUUUUGCUGGACUGACCAGUCUCCGUGCCAUCAAUAUCCUCCGUUUCAGGAAUAACGACACAUGCAUAUGGGUCAUGCGUGAGAUCUUGAACUUCAUCGUCGACAAUCUCUCUCACCACCCCGAGCUAAAACUUGAGUGGAUUGCUAUGGAGGAUGACCGCCUCGACCGCGUUAUUCGCCCUACAGAUAUGCCAGAUGAAGAGGAGAAGCGAAGAGGAAAGGGUAAGGAGAAGGCUACGGUGAGCAGUCAUCACAACAAUCUAAACCUUCCCAUGUUGCCGACAUGGGGGUCAGAUAGCGAGAGUGAGGAUGAUGAUGACGAUGCCUCGAAUUGUGGGAGAAGACUUCGAUUGAAGACUGUUGGUGUCCUCCAAUUUUAUGAAGUUUGGGGCGUCAAGAUUUUUGAUAAGGAGAUUCGAUCUGGCCGACUUUAG